GAAGGCAAACAGGCAAUUAUGUAAAUUGGACUUCAACAAUUUAUAUAUCCCAACUUCGUCUGCUUACGUUUCUACAUUAUGUUCCAUCUUCCAACGCCUGAACCAUUUAGGGUGGACCUGGGACUUUUCCGACUCUUCUCUCUAUUUUCCCCUCUCCCUUGAUCUCUCACUUCGACCUCCCUCGUUGUUGCCUCAUCGCUACUCAGCUGGUCCACCGGCGCUCUCGGCAAAGCAAUGGCGAAAGGAGUGGUAUGGGCGACUGCUGAGGAUUUGGCAAGGAAUCGAGGGAAAGUGCUGUCUUUAUACCGUCAAAUUCUGAGAAGCCUCAACUCCCCGGAUCUCCCGCUCACCCCUGCUGCCCGCCUUGCCAAGAAAGCAGAGCUUCGCACCAUCUUCUUGUUCGGAUCUGAGGAGCGAUCCCUCCACAACAUUGCGGAUCUCAUCGAUGCUGCGGAGUACUCGCUCUCCAUUCUUAAAAAGGGACGCCUUCCAUAAAGCACUGCAAGUGCUGUGACUGUUCGAAGCACAAUCAGGAGGCCACGGGAGCAAACAGAGAAUUGAAGCAACCAUAAAGCUAUUUGGGACAGGGAAUAUUAUUCAGUAAUUUCAGUUUAAGAUAAACAUUGAAGCAGAUACAGAAAGACGUUUUGCUUCACUGCUUUUAGGAGGUUGAGGCCCAAGAAACCACCCGACCUCGUACAUCGGAGAAUAUGAGGCCGAUCCAUGUAGAAAUAGUGCAGUGCUUCAGGCUACUAUGUUUCAGAAUACUGCUAGAUUAACAGAGGAUUUUGAAGUAAUUUUACUCCUCCAUUUCUUUUGUUUCCUGCUUCCAUGCGUGUCCUGAGGAAAAUACUAAAAUUAGUUUUUCCCUCUAUUUUGUGACUAGAGAUUGCCCAUAUGUUGGUUUGGUGUAAUUUUAUGCAACCACAGCUUGAUAUGUACUAUAACGUUAAUACACUGCAAUAACAGGUGCCUUGCUGGUUGAGUAUGAUAUCCUCACCACAAAACACAUGCAUUCCUCUAAGCUUCUCUUUCCAAGUUCAUUGAACUAUAAAACAGUCCACGUUUGAGAGCUUACAAAUGCCCUGAAAGUAUAAGUGGCAUGUCUGGAAUACAGGAUUAGGCCAUCAAUGGUGUUUCAUGGUGCCUGCUAUGAUAGGCUUUGAAUGCAUUGGUGAGUUUAUUGUGCUGUGUUGGUAUUGUUCUGGUAUUCUUGACAUUGUGUACUGCGCUGGUAUCCCUGACAUGAUCAUUCUAUUGCUUGUUGCACUUUCCUAAGAAAGCACAGUUUUCGCUAUGGCUAUGGACAUGCCCUCUUCUUCAUUC